AUGCCUUUCCUGCUUCUCGCUGCUGUUUCCCUUUUGGCUGUUCUGCUUUACAACGCAGUAGCAGUUCGAAAACACCAGAAAUUGCCGCCUGGCUGCAAGCCCAUUCCGGGCCCGCCUGGUUUACCUUUGCUCGGAAAUCUACACCAGAUCCCUAACGACUAUCCCUGGCGCAAAUUUAAGGAAUGGUCGGACAUACAUGGGCCAAUUAUGGAAGUGAAACUUGGCAAGGGAAGCUUGAUUGUGUUGUCGAACAACGACACGGCCAAGGAACUCUUGGAGCGGCGCGGUCAAAAUUAUUCUUCACGGCCGCAGACUUACAUGGCAUGCGAGGUUCUAUCCGGCAAUCUUCGCCCCCUUUUGAUGCCUUACGGAGACCGUUGGAGAAGAGUUCGGAAGUUUAUCCACCAGAUGACAAUGCCUGCGAAAGCAUUGAGCUACCAACCACGACAGGAUCGCGAAUCGCGUAAACUGUUAUACGAUCUGUUGCAGGAGCCUGAAGACUUCGCACGUCAUUAUUAUCGCUACGCGAGCGGACUUGUCAUGGGUCUCACAUACGACAUGCCGGUUAUAACAGGCAAGGAAGAAUAUAUUAAGAAUAUUGUUCAAGUCAAUGACACCCUUGAACAUACUGCAAAGCCGGGAGCAUUCCUUGUGGAUUCUAUUCCUGUAUUGAAAUUCAUGCCUUCAUUUAUGGCACCAUUCAAGCGUCUAGGCAAGGCUGCCCACGAAUUCGAGUAUGCCCUUUUCACGAAUCUUUUGCAAGACAUUAAGAAUAAGCUGAACCGUGGCUCAUCCGUUGGUGACUGCUUUGCCAAAGAUUUUCUUAAGAAGGGGGAGAAAAAGGACCUGACCGACGACGAAGGUGCAUAUGCCUGCGGCACCAUGUUCGAGGCUGGUAGCGGCACAACGUCUGGCGCUCUCGAAAUCCUAACAAUGGCACUCCUUCUAUUCCCCGAAGUUCAAGUUAAGGCACAGAAGGAAUUGGAUGAUAUUUGUGGAGACCGUCUGCCGCAGUUUGAAGACGAACGGGACCUUCCGUACAUCAAGGCUGUCGCGAAAGAGGCCCUCAGAUGGCGCCCGAUUGUAACGCAAGGCAUAUUGCACAUGUCCGUAAAGGACGACCGCUAUGGUGACUACUUUAUCCCGGCUAAUACUCCUAUAGUUGGAAACCACUGGGCAAUUCACAUGGAUCCUGAUAUGUAUCCUGAGCCGGACAGAUUCAAUCCUGGACGCUUUAUCGACCCAUCAUUCCCAACUGCUCAAUCAACAGACGGGGUGGAGUACGGUGCGAGUCGCGGACACUGGGCCUUUGGCUUCGGGCGCCGAGCUUGUCCAGGUCAGCAUAUAGGCGAAUACAGCCUGUUCAUUCUGACAGCUCGGCUACUGUGGGCUUUCAAUUUCAGGAAAUACGUGACUCCAGACGGACAUGUACAAGAGCCUGAUCCUUUGGCAUUUACAACUGGUCAGUAG